GCGGAGCGGACGGGGCGCGCGGAAGGUGCGCGGAGCCCUCCGGCCGCCGCGCUCGCGCGCCUGGGGAGUUGGGCUGGGGCGAGGCGGCCCGGACUGGCCUUUAUCGCUCGCCCCGCUGGUCCUUUGAAACUUUAUCAGCGAGUCUCGCCACUCUCCGCCGACCAAGCGCGGGGGGGGGGGGGUGACGGGGGCGGGGGCGCGGCGCGGCGCCGGCGGCGGUGACGAGGCGCUCCAGGCGCUGAGCGCUUCUGCUCCGGGCACGCAUGGCGCCCGCACACGGAGUCUGACCUAAUGUGGACGCAAGGGGGUUAAUAUGAACGCCCCUGUCGGUGGAAUCUGGCUCUGGCUCCCUCUGCUCCUGACCUGGCUCAGCCCCGAGGUCAGCUCUUCAUGGUGGUACAUGAAAGCUACAGGCGGCUCUUCCAGGGUGAUGUGUGACAAUGUGCCAGGCCUGGUGAGCCGCCAGCGGCAGCUGUGCCACCGACACCCCGACGUGAUGCGUGCCAUUGGCCUGGGUGUGGCCGAGUGGACAGCUGAGUGCCAGCACCAGUUCCGCCAGCACCGCUGGAACUGCAACACCCUCGACCGCGACCACAGCCUCUUCGGCAGGGUCCUGCUCCGAAGUAGUCGGGAAUCUGCCUUUGUUUACGCCAUCUCCUCAGCUGGAGUUGUAUUUGCCGUCACCAGGGCCUGUAGCCAAGGAGAAUUAAAAUCCUGUUCCUGUGAUCCCAAGAAGAAGGGGACCGCCAAGGACAGCAAGGGCACUUUCGACUGGGGCGGCUGCAGUGACAACAUUGACUAUGGGAUCAAGUUUGCGCGGGCGUUCGUGGACGCCAAGGAGCGGAAGGGCAAGGACGCCAGAGCGCUGAUGAACGUGCACAACAACAGAGCCGGCCGGAAGGCUGUGAAGCGCUUCCUGAAACAAGAGUGCAAGUGUCAUGGCGUGAGUGGCUCAUGUACGCUGAGGACCUGCUGGCUGGCCAUGGCUGACUUCAGGAAAACGGGCGAUUAUCUGUGGAGGAGGUACAACGGCGCCAUCCAGGUCGUCAUGAAUCAGGAUGGCACUGGUUUCACUGUGGCUAACAAGAGGUUUAAGAAACCAACAAAAAACGACCUCGUAUAUUUUGAGAAUUCUCCAGACUACUGUAUCAGGGACCGAGAUGCAGGCUCCCUGGGUACAGCAGGACGUGUGUGCAACCUGACCUCCCGAGGCAUGGACAGCUGUGAAGUCAUGUGCUGCGGGAGAGGCUACGACACGUCCCGCGUCACGAGGAUGACCAAGUGUGAGUGUAAGUUCCACUGGUGCUGUGCUGUGCGUUGUCAGGACUGCCUGGAGGCCCUGGACGUACACACAUGCAAGGCUCCGAAGAGUGCCGACUGGGCAGCUCCCACAUGACCCCAGCCGAAGUCACCAUCCACCUUCCCUCCUGCAAGGACUCCAUCGGAUCUGCAAGGACACUGGGCCUUCGACUUCUCUCGGGCACAUGUUUCCUAAGGCACGUGGCCUUUGUCUCAGCAGAAGGCCCAGGGCAGGCCUCAUGCUGCCCACAGGGCGUGCCCUCCUCUCUCCACUUCCAGCAUCUGGGGCACAUCUCUCCCUGGUUGUGACAGGCUGUGAGAGGGGACGGGGCGGGGGCCCAGAUCACUGUCCCCAUCCACCUACAUGGCUCCUCUCGAGAGCGAGAGGGAGAAAGAGUGCCUCAAAGGAGCUUUCUCUGUGUUUUCCAACAAAUGCUCACAGUUAAAUUCCAUACUUCUCUCUGGAGGGUAAAGAAAGCAGAAUCCACUACCACUGAAUUAGCUUUAAUUCUUGAACAGACCAAGCAAGGCUUUUGCCUGAUCAAGUGAUUUUCAUAGCCACCAUCUCUAGGGCUCAUUGGCAAUUACCUGGAGAAGGGUGGCUUUCAAUGAACUUCAGGUUUAAAAUGCAUGUGUUUCAAGGCACUUAUUGCUCUAUGAAAAAUCUGAUGUGACAAGGCGGGACGGUGGUCCUUUGGUGCAGCAGUAGCAAAGCCUCAGAAAGUGAUGGCUCUGCAUCACCCCCUCGAUAUAAAGGACCUUCAGGGAACGAGGCCUGUUCCUCACUUAGGGGCUGAAGGGAGUUCAAGAGGAGAUCGACAGUCUGGCAGUACUCUGUAACUGUUGGGUGAAGAUGGAGGAAAACAGUGGAAUAUCACAAAAUGUGUCUGUACAGAUAACGAAACAGGGGGGAAUAAAAUUCCUAUCUGGUAUGAUGCACGUGACCCAUGGAAUUUUGUAACUGAAACAGCUUUGAGAAUGAAAACUCCUGAGAUGACAAGAGAGGGGAACCAAAAUGCUGACAGCGAGGUUCCCAGUGCUAAGUCCUGCCUAGACAGCCUCUACCAUAAGCAGACGCCUGAAAAAAGUUGGCCACUUGUGCAAAAGAGUAUCAACUCGUACCCGUCACCCUUCAAACACAUCUUAAAGACCUGUCAUAUGUAAUUGUGUUCAUUCGAUGCUUAUGAGACAACAAAAUACCAUAGCCUGAAACAAAUGACACAUAGCCUUGCUUAUAAAAUUGGUAACCCUGAUAUAUUACAUUGCAAGCAAAUCGUAACUUGGAGACUAUAUUUAAGGGGCCUCGCUAUAAUUAUGGGAACAUCGGUAUGCAAGCUGUGGUUGGCUUCUGCCAUGAGCUAGAAGAUGACAUCCAGGAGAAAUGGAGAGGCUGCCUGCCCCGCUCUGUAUAUGACAUGAAAGAAAGGUGAAAUACACAAAGCUACUUCUCAUCCCACCUACAAUUAGGUUCUAGUUCAAAACGCGGUCUCUUAACAGAGCUACACUGACUCCUGAGAUGUUUCAUUAUGAGCAUCUGAGGCCAAACUGCUAACACUUGCUCAGUUUUCACUCCUGUGACCUUCCAUUUCUCUGUCCUUGCUUUACAGCAGGACCUUUAGGCCGAGGCUUGUAUAAAACAACCUGCUGGAGUACUAUCAUCGGUGAUAUUUGCCUCUCAGCCCUCCUCAAAAUGACAACAUUCAUCUCUUUUCCCUCACUUCCAAACCACAAAAUUCGUUGCCUAAUUUUUCCAAAGUGGCUCUUCCCUCUUUUUAGCCUAUGGAUGCAGAGGAUGGGACGAGUGGAGUGUGACAGGAGCUGUUUUGAGCUUAGGUGGGCCUGCAGGGAGCAGGAAGGCCGGGCAGCUGGGUUCCAUCUUAGUUACAUGGAAGCUUGCUGUGAACGCCUUCCUGGGAAGGUGAAGGGACCGUCACGGGGUCCCAAAGCCAUUAGCCCUUCUUCCUGCUGGAUGAAUUGUGACAUCAUAAAUCCAUGGGUGUAAUUAGACAUGGAAAGGAUCUUAGAAGACAUCUCAGCUCCCCUCAGUUUGUGUCUGGGGAAACCGAGACCAAGAGAGAUGAAAGGAUCUGUGCAAAGAGCCAUUACCCCCAUGCUCCACCCCAAAUAGGACCACACACCGAGUAUUCAAGAGAGUUAGACACUUUAUUACAUGAAACUAGUCUGUCUCAGCCUCAGCUUGAUGGAUUCUAAAUCAUUUCAGCAUCCAAAGGCAAUGUUCAUUUUAUUUUAUUUUUGGGAUGUUUAGAUCUGACUUUCUUUGUAUAAUGAAAUGCAUCCUUCCUGAUAAAGAGCAAGGAGACAAGGCAUAUCCAUGUAGACACCUGCAUAAGUUGCCCUAAUUUGUAAGGGAGACUCUGGCAACCACUUCAAGUGGCAGUGGGUGUGACUGUUGUGGAACGGAUAAUGAGAGAGUGAAACUGUUUAUCUGCUUUUACUUCUGAAAGAGGAAGUCUCCACUAUUUGAAAAAAUUGAAAGUAAAAGGUGAAGAUAACUUCAAACUCAGUUUCGUUAGGGCUGGCUGGAGCAUUGAUCGUCUGUGAUUCUAAAAUGUGCUAAACUCUUGA